GUAAACUUUUAUAAAUAUCCAAUGUGUACUUGAAUUUGAAAUAAAUGAAUGAUACCGUUUGAUUAUUUUAUCUAAUCGCAAAAUGUUGACCUAAUUCUUUUUAUGCUGACUUCCCCGCAAGCAAUGUAAUCUCCUACUACUACAAUAAAUACACACACUUUGUGUAGUACGAGAAGAGAAGAAAGAAAAUUUGUCAAUGGAACGAAAAUGUGUGUGUAAGUUCUGAUUUUGUGCGCGGCUUUGGCUCUGGAAUGGUAGAUUUAAAUAAUAUGUGAUAUAUAAUAGAAUUUAACCACUGUCAUGAGCAGACUCGACGAAAAGUGUCUAAAAUCCCGCAGUUAGCAGAUGUACUCCGGUGAUAACGCGAGGGCAAGCUAGUUGUAAAAUUUGGGAUUUCAUACUUGGAACUAAUUUCACAGGCUUUGUCAUACUGGAACUGAUACCUUCUAUAUUUUAACUAUCCGGCAGCUUGAAGGAUUAUUUCGUCACUGUGCUGACUGCUGUGUGGUAUGACGACAGAUAUGCUGAAAUUUUUGACAAAGAAGUUGAAAUCCCAAAGUUUGAGCGAGGGCCAAAUAGAAUACGACCCUGAGGAUGGUGAUGAUGAGGAGAGGGAUUCAGGGACAGAGUCUGAUGAAAAUUUUGAUGAUGAUAACCCUUACGGAUCCGACACAAGCCUAAAUGAUCUUACAAAUAAGAACAAAGAAAACACUACAGAUGACAGUUCUGGUGACAAAUCUGGCACAAAAACGCACGAAAUUAGCGAACACAAUUUUGAUACAGUUAGUUGUACAUCGGAUUAUGAAAGACAAAGUCUCGACUUUGAUAGACAUAGUUCAGAAGAUGAAUUAGUGACUAUUAACAAAGAAAAUGUAGCGGAGAAGCGUAAGUGGUCGCAGGUGCACUGUUCCGGUUGUUGUGAUAGUUCUUCAGAUGAUGAAGUGAAAGAAUUCCUCCUUAAUCCUCAGCCGGUAUUGCUGAGUUCAACCCCACCGAAAGGUGUUCAACGUGUGAAAGUUUAUACUCGUUUUCCUUCUCAGAGACAGGUUCUUGCUCGAAUGGCACCAAUUACGGUGACAUCAGUGUCACCAAGGAAACGACACAGACAUGCUACCUCAGAGAAUGUUUAUGAAACGGAAUCAGGUGCGCUAACUCAAAGACCGUGUUUGGACUUUGAGAAGAUGCAGCAGGUACAAACUUUAGUCUGACCCAGAAUUUGUGUUCACGUUUUCCACAGUUAUUUGAGUGUGACAAUUUCUCUGGGCCACACAAAGUUGAAGUGUUUUGCGUUUAUUCAAUGGAAAUUAUAACGUUGUGUAAACACAAAAUGGUGAUUGGAUGUAAAACAUUCAGGGGAGCUACUGCUUUUUAUCGCAGAUUUUUAUAGGGCACGUGGAAUUUAAUCAACGCUCAUCAUGAACAUUUGUUUCAUUUGGACCAUUCUUCCCAUUUUUUUGUAUUUCUACGCACUUGAUUAUGGCAAUGUUACAUAUGCGAAUGUGGCAGAAGGAAUUGUCUAUCUCUUAAAAGUUGUUGUUUAUGCUUGAAUUAAGUUUAAAUGCAUUACUACGCUUACAUUUACGUGUUCUCAAGUUGUGUUAAACUAACAAUUGCAUCAAAACAGAUCAACUUUGAUGUAUUUGAAGGAAGACAUAUGGGAUGGCUGAUAUUGACAAGGACUUACAGAUGAAAGGAUAAGAAACUCUUUAUAUAUUCCAUGUAAAAGUGAUAAUUUUAAGAAUUAGGUGAAUGAUCAGGAAUGGCAAGAGUAUAAGAGAUUAUGAUGUAUCAUUUGAAAUGGGCCUACAAGUCCAAGCAGUUAUAUUUAUCUGCUGCAUCAAUUUCAUAUCUUUAGAAAGGGAGAUUUUUCAUAUUUUUAGGCAGUAAACUUUAUUUAUGUUGGUUUUGUGUUACAUGAUUCAAUGUGACUGCGUGUAAAAAACAAAUGACAAUUGUUGUCCAUUUUAGCUAAACAGAGGCUCAUCGAAGCUGCAUUAUCCAAAAUAUUUGCUUUGUUUCUUUGUGUAAUUGUUAUGUUCCACGUUUUAUCAUGGGUUUGGUCCUAAUUAAAGCUUAAUGCAUGUAUUUACUUGCUAGAAAGGUAGCUACUUUGGAAAUCAGCAAGUAAGCCUAAUCAGAGAAACAUAGUUGUCAGACAUCUUUUUAAGGAAUUUGAAAACAAAGUGGUUUGUGGAUGAGUGAUGUAAAAUACUCCUGGCCCCUUGGAUUAAAAUUGACAAAACAGGUGCUUGCGGGGGCUUAUGGGUAAAUGAUAAAAUCAGUAUUGUUAAAGGUAAAUCUAUCGCUUCUUAUCCUUCCACCAAAGUCCUUGAUAUUGAUGUUGACUGUAUUUUUUGCAAUUUUCCGUUUAUUUGCAUGUGAUAACUGUAUAUCGAUCUUGUAUCUGUAUUUUUUUGCGUAUACAUUGUAAGACAACUUUCAUGGUGAAAAAGGAACUACCUCAGGGGGUGUAAUGAAUGAUAAGUAUGAAAGCAGACGGUUUUAAUUGUGACCGCAGUAAAUAUAGAAGUAAAUAUGGCAGUCACAGUAUUUAAUUUAUGACCUGCAAAUUGUAUAGCUAAGAACCAUUAACGAUGUGAAAAUGAUGUGUAUGAUGAAUGGAUGACAGAAAUAGAUAUAGUUUCAUGACAAAUAUAAUUCAGGGACAUUGUUUGAGAUAUAAAUAUGACUGAGACAAAGAAUUGUUAGAACUGACUUCAUUUAGCGGGAUUUCUGUCUUGUACUUACAAGUAACCACAAGUUAAGUUUCCAUAAUUCAAGUUUUUGCUGACAUGCUAAGUUGAAUUUUGUAUAUUUAACUAACCUUGCUAAAUUUCUGUAAUAAACUUGUCCGUCUUCCAAUUUGGACAGUACCAUUAACUAUUAAAAGGGGUGCUUACCCAAAAGAUACUGGCUGAAUAGCGAACAGUGCAGAUCAUGAUCAUACUGCACAGAUGUGCAGGCUGAUCAUGAUCUACACUGGUGGCAGAGGCAAAACCAAUCGUGUCCAGCAUGGUAAGGGUUAAGAAAAUAUAUUUUUACAUGUAUUUAAAACUUAAAAAAGGAUAUUGCAAAAUAUGGAAAUUGUGUCAUUUACAUAUAUUUUUUUUGAAAUUGAGAAAUUUAGUAAGUGCAGUAUUAACUUGAUAGUUUUGUCCUUCAAUCCUAUCACGCUAACUUAGCCAUUGUACGGAAAUCCUGCUUGGUCAGGUCAGUAAACGAAUGACAAUGAAUUUGUUUUAAUUUUCUUUUAAGAUUGUUCCUUAUAACUAUAGUUUAAGUACAGAUGUCUUGACAAAGUAUCAGGGAUGUUAGAAAGAUACACUUUAUGCUGAGAGCUCAAAAAUCUUCUUUCUCUCAAUUGUUGAUUGCAAAUUAUCAGGGAUUAAAUUUUGAUUUACAAGGAAUAUUUUAUUUGAAAAAAGUUUUAUUUUCACUGAUGAAUGUUGUAAGUUGGAGAUCAAAGGGAAAUGAAACAGUACUUUUUUUGUAAAAAUCGAAAAUAAGUAUGAAUCCAUUAGCAGUAAAUGGAAGAGGUGUUAGGAAUGUAUAAUUGAUCUUUUACAGGUACUUUAAUCCUUACCCUGCUAAAUUUCUAAAAUGGACUGGUCCAUUUUUCAAUUUGGGCAGCAUCACAAAUUAUUUAAAGGGGUGUUCACUGAAAUUUUACUGACUGAAUAGCGAACAGUGCAGAUCAUGAUCAGCCUUCAUGGACGUGCAGGCUGAUCUUGGUUUGCACUGGUCGCAAAGGCAAAAUCACUUGCCGCCAGCAGGCUAAGGGUUAAUCUAAUGGUCAAAACAUUAAAGGAAAAAAAGUUAAAAGAGGUGGGUUGUUAUUCAAGGCCUAAUAAAUUUUCUUCCCGUGGGCUUCCUAAAAUUGUGCACUUCAAUCAUAUUUCUGUUUAGAGAUAUUUCAAGCAUACUGUUGUUUGUAUAAAGGAAACUGCGAAAGAUAUUUGGAAUACAGUUUUUAAAAAUGGUUUCUGGUUUUAAAUUGCUUGUUGAGAAGGGAGCAUGGCCAGUAGUGACACAAACUGGGUGUGGCUAGUGGGCUUGGGCAUGGGUGGAAGUGACAUCUACUGCACUUGAUAGGUGGGUUUAACCAGAAAUUACAUCAAACUGUCCUGCUCCAAAUCUCGACAUCAAACUGUCCUGCUCCAAAUCUCGUGCUCCUUAGUAUCUACUACCUGUAUUGUCUGCCUCGCAAAAAUGAAACAUUGCCUUCGAGGUAUUUUGAAUAUCUAAAUAAUUGUAGAGGAAAAAGGUGGAAGAAGUUUGUAAAGACUAUUGUUGAAUAUCUUCCCUAUUUUAUAUUCAAUAUCAUCAAUGUGCUAGAUAUUUUGUUAAAUGUUGUUUCAAGUUUUGUGUAAAUAUUUCAAUUUUCCUUCACAAUUCAGGGCAUUUUUGGUAGAUUUGUCUAUUUCAAUAGAUAACAUUGCAUUUUACAUGCUGUUUCAUACUUUGUCUCUAUUAUGUAUGAUAAUAGAUGUAUAUUAAUAUAUAUGAAAAAAAAAUCUUUAAAAAAAUAUAAAUUUAAACCAA